AUGGCGACCGACUUUUGGGCGAGCUCGCAUUACAAGCGAUGGAUUGUGGACCGCGCCGCUGUACAAAGGGCGCGAGCGGAGGACCGGCAAUAUGUCGACGACCCUGAAUAUCUCGAUUUUCUCGGCAUUUUUUUCGCCAAUGCCAUAUCCAAGCUGGGCAAGAAACUAGGGCUCAGGCAGCGUGUCAUCGCGACGGCCACCGUGUUUUUCCGUCGCUUUUACCUCAAGAACUCGUAUUGUGAAACCGAUCCCUUCUUGGUCAUAGCUGCGUGCUGCUAUGUGGCGAGCAAGGCGGAGGAAUCACCUGUGCACAUCAAGAAUGUUGUGUCGGAAGCUAGGUCGGUCUUCAGUCAGGACAUGUAUGGCAUCAAGACGUUCCCGUCUGACAACUCAAAGCUUGCGGAGAUGGAGUUCUACCUCGUGGAUGAUCUGGAAUGCGACAUGACGAUCUUUCACCCCUACCGAACACUCAUGACUUUGUGUUGUAAAGAAGGAAGCUCAAGCGAUUUCGACACGGAGGCAGGGGAGCUAGGUGUAGGUGUUAACGAUGGACCCCGCUAUUGGGGUACCGGGGAGGGUAAGCUUGAAUUACCAGGACCGGCCCUCCAGAUGGCAUGGUUCAUCAUAAACGAUACAUAUCGAUCUGAAUUGUGUCUUCUGUACCCGCCACACAUGAUCGCAGUCGCGGUCAUCAACCUCACUCUUGUCCUGCACAAUCCCACCCGCACAUCCAUCCAAAACCAGUCAGCUCCCGCCCAAGCUGCCGCCCCCCGGCGAUCAUCGCGGCAAGCGAGCAAUCACACCAAAAAACCUGCUCAGGACCCCAUCAGUUUCCUGGCGAGCUUGAACGUAUCCAUGACACAAGUAGCGACGAUCAUGCAGGAGAUUAUCGCGCUCUACACGCUAUGGGACAGGUACAAGGAAGAGUCGCCCAGUGGCGAGACGUCCAGGGGGUCGUUGGCGGGUCAGCAGGGCUCCCCGUUCACGACCAGCAGCGGGGGCACGAAGCGCUCCGCCACGGGAGUCAGCAGGAGCGGGAGCGUGAACACCAGUAGCGGGAGCAACGGUGGCACGCCCAUGGAUACGCGGGAAGAAGGGGAGACCGGCGAAGAUGGGAAGAUGGUGGUCACGCCGACGCUGUUGAGUCGGGUUCUGCGGAAGAUGCGCGAGGCGAAGUUGGCGGACCUGGCCAGGGGCAGUGGACCGGGACGACCGAUGGCGGUGAAUAAGAUGAUAGGAAGGGCGCAGGCCGCGGGAUGAAACCAAGAGAGUUUACGUAGUGUUUCAAAGGUACGAGGGUGAAGGUCCGAUUGUAAGUGCCAUCACAUUCGGUGGCCAAUUGCUCGUUCGGUAAAGCCGGUAAUGAACCUUGCAUGUUGCUAGUGGAUAUACAAUCCCAGCAUCGUCUAUGCGUUGUCCAUGCUUGCACCCGUCGAUGCGGCAGAAUCCAGAGUGUGUCGGCUGUCACCGUUACUAUUGCUGUCCGCACAGGCGACUGAUAUUAUGCGUUCG